AUGCCACUGAGAGUAGCGGAAGAUGGAAAAAUCAUGGUCGGGGUAUCCUACUCCUUGAGGAGCCUUGAAGUGCGAGGAGGGGAAGAUAAUGAUCACCUCAUUGAUGAGUGGCCCGCUGCCAAUUCCAGGGAAAUAACUGCAAGUAAAGUCCCCACGAUCGUCCAGUACGAGCAUAAAACCGUGAGAGGUAUCAAGACACUAGAGGCGACCCGGUGGGGGGCCCAGGUACUGGCGAGCAAGGAAAACUGUUCAUCUCUUUUCAAACCGUUGCUUGAACCUAACUUUGAUCGAGAUCAUGAUCCUUAUGCGUUUUGGAAUUCCACAGUCGGUCACGGGGGUUUUUUCUUACCGGAAGCCAAGGAGCCCUCCGAUGUCAUAAAAGACUACCUGGAUUGUGUCUGGAAGUAUUCAAGCAAAACUAUUUUCAAAAAUACCCGCCAAGGGCCUUCCUAUCACCCGGUACACUACACUAUCACUGUACCGGGAAUCUGGGCAAGGGAAACCCGCAAGGCGCUGGAACGGAUCGUCAAGGAUGCCGGGCUAGCAACGAAAACAAAUGACAUACUGACUAUGAUUCCGGAGCCCAUAGCGGCAGCAGUGGAUAUCUUUAGAAAAAAGGCGGAUACAUUCCAGGGUGACGUCGUCAUGCUCGUAUGUGAUAUUGGCGGAGGAACUAUCGAUGUAGGAUCGGUCUUCAUCCGUCAAACUGAGUUUGGCCGCUAUAUUCGGCAGCUCGAGCCAACCCGAGGGGACCUUGGCAUGUUAUCAGUGGAGGCGGCUUUCUACAGAACAAUGUAUGAGAGGUUUAAGGACACAUUCAAAAAUCAGAACACGGAGUCCAUAGGUCCAAGUAGUGCCUGGAUUCGCGAGUUCCGGGAUUGCUUUGAGAGAUUCGCCCCCGAAAACCUAGAGGAGCACGGCUGGGAAUGCCGUUUGCCGUUCUGGUCACUACUAUCGUCUAAUAACCCGGACUUUUACGACCGUCGCCGGAAGGAAAUAUUCCUGUCCGCUCGAGACAUACAAGCGUUUCUCGACCCUGUCAUUGAUAUGGCGCAUGCUUACUUGGUCGGAGGUGGGGCAGAAAAUGCCUACAUCUUACGGUCAGUCAAGCGGAGGAUAAAGGAUAAACAUGCGCUAGAUGUCUACACUCCUGACAAGCCGCAACUAGCCGUCGUCAAUGGAGCCGGAGUUUAG